AUCGGCGAGAUAUAUACAACACUCGAGUCUUCAGCGAGCGCACCGACGGCCACAUUCGGCAAGUCCUCAGUCGGUUCUCAUCAGAACCAAAGAUAAGGAAAGAGAAUUCGAUAGGCAACCCUAUCACGCGUGGAUCCUGCUCGAUGGCGCCGCCGCCGCUUCCUUCCGCCGCCAUGACCGUCCCCGAGGAGGACAGCUCUCGCCCGCGGAAGGGACGCCGCGCUUCAACUCGUAUCCGGACUUGUUCUGGCGGCACGGCGGCCGAGAGACUCACGGACGACAUCCUGGUGGAGAUCCUGUCGCGCGUCCCGGCCAAGUCGCUCUGCCGCUUCAAGUGCGUCUCCCCGCACUGGCUGGGCCUCACCAAGGACCCCCACCACCGCAAGAAGCUCCCCCAAACCGUGGCCGGCUUCUUCCACGACAGCACAAGCGAGGAGGCUGAGGGGCUCCUGGAAUCGCGCGUCGACUUCACCAACAUCGGCGGGACCCAGCGCCGCCCGCCGGUGGACACCUCCUUCGCCUUCCUGCCCGGCCACAGGCGCUUCGAUCUGCUCGACUGCCGCAACGGCCUCCUCCUCUUCCGCUGGUUCGACGCCUCCGCCGAAAGCUGCCUUGAGUUCCGUUACCUCGUCUGCAAUCCUGCCACGGAGAAGUGGGCCGCCUUGCCGGAGUGUCACCAGGCGGCUGUCCUGGGCGCGGCUCUUAACCCCGAGGAACGCACCGUGCGCUUGGCCUUCGACCCGGCCGUGUCGCCGCAUUUCCAUGUGUUCCUGUUGGAGGACCAGCAUGAUAUCUGCCACUCUAUAUCUUACCUCGCCACAUGGAGCCCGGUGUACUAUUCCUCUCGAACCAGCGUGGCAGUUUAUUCGUCCGAGACCGGAGGAUGGGUUCAUAAGCGCAAGACUUGGGACCAACAGAUCAGCAUCACCAGACGCCAGUCAUCAACUGUCUUUCUCGAUGGCAAGCUGCACUUGCACGCCUAUGACCGUGAGCUAUCCUCCUUUUGUCUGGCUGCCGUGGACACCGAUGCGGAAACAUGGACCAAUUUCGCUGUCCCCGGUGGUACGAUUGAGGGUUUUAUUCAGCUGUCGCAGGGCCGCUUGCAUUAUGCCAAUUUACAGAGAGCCGGCCAAGAUGGUUUCUCCAAUCGACUGGCAGUUUAUGUUCUCCAAGACUAUGAAAAGAAGGAAUGGAUAUUGAAGCAUAGCAUCCAUACUUUCGACCUGGCAAGAAGUAUACAUGUUGUGUUUGAUGGAGGCUUUGAUUGGAUUGUGAUUCACCCGCAAUAUAACUUGAUCUACUUCACUCUGGGGUGGGAUUCCAAAUUCAUCUGCUAUGAUAUGGAUCGGAGGCAAGCGCAAGUGAUCUGCAAUCUUGAAGAGUGCAAGAAGCCGUACCUGCCAUAUGUGCCGUUGUACGCAGAGCUACCAUCAUUGCCCAUGUGACAUCGAUAUGAGACUGCCUGUGCCUUUCAUAAGCUGAUCUGGUAUGGCAGGAGUGCUACAGCCAAGGCACUAUCAGCAUUUGGCAAAAGGCAUAUUAAUGGUUCGCUUUCCGUUGUCUGCAUUUUUUUUUUCUUCAAGAUUGUGUCUGCACUUGUUUCUGCAUAAUAAUGGUGGUACCUCUGCAUGUCCGGUUACCUUAGCAGAUCAGUGCUAGUACUAUGAUCAUUUGGUAAAAGGCCUGAAUAAUGAUUAUGUUGUAGUUUAAACUCAGAUAUUCUAUCGCUUGCCUGUUAAUGAUAUAAUGUUUGACAGCAGUUUCAUUUA